AUGUCCAAAAGAACGGCAGACGACCAGGAACACCUGGAAUCCCUGAAAGCGGGUCAGCGGCCUGAAGCAGACACCAACGGCGGGUCCACCCUAGACUUUGAGGAUGAGUUUGAAGAUGAGUACGAAUCCGAGGAUGAGAUCAUGGAGGCCGGUGUGGAUGGUCGACCAGAUGCAGAAAGAGACGCCGAACAAGCACAGGACGCCAUGGAUGUGGACACAAACGAAGAAACCUUCAUACCGGGACGUUCAAUAUUGCAGCCAGGAAUGACUUUGAGCCCCGACCCGUCUACCUACGAAAUGCUUCAUACCCUGUCUACGAACUGGCCUUGCCUUUCUUUUGAUAUCGUAAGGGAUAAUCUGGGAGACCAAAGAAAGAAAUAUCCACGAACACUGUAUGCAGUUGCAGGUACACAAGCCGAGUCUGCAAGAGCAAAGGAGAACGAGUUAUACAUUUUGCGACUGAGUAGUCUGUCCAAGAUGGAUAGAGGCAACGCGUCAGAUUCUGAGGAUGAUGACGACGAAUCGGACGACGAGGGCUCUUCAGAUCCAGUGCUUGAGUCAAGAUCCAUCCCUCUUCCUAGCACAACCAACAGAAUACGGAGUUUCCAGCCUGCAAACGAAAGCCCCGACAUGACUCAGAUGCCACAAACGCUUACAGCAACGUCACUCGAGAAUGGCCAGGUUCUGAUACACGACGUCACCCCAUACUUGCAAUCGAUGUCGAAUCCGGGCUCGACUAUUGCCCCGAAUGCAUCAAAACCUCUAAGCACAUUGCGUAUGCACAAGACGGAAGGCUAUGCUCUUGACUGGGCACCUAGCUCUUUACAUCCCAACGGGCGACUUUUGACCGGUGAUAACGCGGGACAGAUUUUCAGCACACAACGAACCCAAGGUGGUGGUUGGGCCACCGAUGACCGACCGUUUGCAGGACAUACAAAUUCAGUCGAGGAACUUCAAUGGUCGCCAAACGAGAAAUUCGUCUUCGCGUCUGCCAGUUCGGAUGGUACCGUCAAGGUAUGGGACGCCCGGAGUAAGAGUCGGAAACCGGCGGUGGAUGUCAAGAUCAGCAAUACCGACGUCAAUGUCAUGUCUUGGUCGCGACAAACCUUCCAUCUACUUGCCACGGGCGCGGAUGACGGUCAAUGGGCUGUUUGGGACCUAAGACAGUGGAAACCGCAGUCAUCUGGAAGCUCGCAGCUCAAGCCGAGCCCUGUUGCCGAUUUCAAUUUCCACAAGAAACCAAUAACUUCUAUCGAAUGGCAUCCCACGGACGACAGCGUGGUUGCAGUGGCCUGUGCAGAUAACACAGCGACAUUGUGGGAUCUUGCUGUCGAGUUAGAUGAUGAGGAAUACGGCAGAGAAACAGGUUUAGGAUUGGGAGAAGGUGCCGAAAAGGUGCCUCCUCAACUACUCUUCAUCCACCAUGCCGAAGAUGGGAAAGAGCUUCACUGGCAUCCGCAAAUGCCUGGCACGGUUAUGGUCACCGGAGGAAGUGGUCUUGGAGUUUUCAAGACAAUCAGCGUAUGAUGAAGGAAUGACUUUUUCAGUGUUGAGAGUCUGAGAAUGUAGCCCAGCUCGCGUGCUCUCCUGUGAGG